AGGGUUUAGGGUUUUUGGCACCACUUGUUGUCCUGAUUCUUCGCAUGUUUCAAUUUUGGAAUAUUCAUUUGUAUGUUAGAAGCUCUUACUGGAAAUCUGGAAACUGGAAUCGCAGUCUUAUUUACUUUUCUGCAUGAACCAUUGAAUCUCUGUAUCCUUUCUGUUACCGUAUAUUUGCUUUUCCUGCCUAGCUUUUACUGAGUUGUGUUUUCUUUAACAGGGAGUUAAGUGGAUCAGACUUAGUUGCUCAGUAUAUCUACUUGGGCAAGCCACUGAAAGCAUCUCUUUAGACAAACUUUCAGACUGGUAUUUUUUGGUGAGCUUAGUAUCUUCCAUGAAUUCCAUCACACUACCUUCCUCACUGGUUCUCCAGUCACCUUCACUCUUCUUCUCUUGCCAUAGCCAACUAAAACCUCUAUCCAUUCUCUCUUCAACUGAGAUCCACCGUUUCCAUACCAUCCCUCGGCUGUCCAUCUCGCCUUCUCCAAAGGCCCCCUUUCUAUGUUGCCAUUCAUCAUCAAUCGGUGCAGCAGUUCCUUCAGAGGAAGGAGCCAUACCCGUGAUGACCUUCGAAGAUUUCGUCGAGAAAGACUGGUCCUUUCUCGAUUCAGAAGAUGUACAUCAAAACAUCACCGGGAUAAUCUCUGCAGGAGGAAUCACCGAGACAUCAAAGGUUUUGGUUUCGAUGAGUUCAGAAGAAUUUGUGGAUCAACUGGUUGAUACAUCCCCUUGUGGUUUUUUGCUUCUUGUCCAUGAAUCACUCUUCACAUUAGCUAUUUUGAAAGAGAAGUAUGACGACAGGGUGAAAUGCUGGCAAGGGGAGCUGAUACAUCUUCCUGACAAAUGGGCUUCGCUCGAUGUUGUCUUCCUCUAUUUCUUGCCAGCAUUGCCGUCUAAGCUUGAGCAAGUUCUUGGGAAACUUGCCCGACAUUGCUCACCUGGUGCGAGAGUGGUGAUUAGCCAUCCACAAGGGAGGGAAAAGCUGGAGCAGCAAAGGGGAGAGUAUCAAGAGCUUAUAGUUUCAGAGCUGCCCGAUGAGAUGUCUUUGCAGAAGGCUGCAGCUAUGCAAUCGUUCGAGGUUGUGGAGUUUGUGGAUGAGCCAGGGUUCUAUCUUGCUGUUCUGCAAUUUGCUGGCUCCACGGAGUCAUAGCUGCAAAUUGCAGUAGCUUUGUUGUAUUCUUUCUCUUUUGUUAGUUUUCCUCUCACUGAUUUCAGUGCAAUGUUGGUAUAGCGAGUGGAAAUGAUUCCAUAUUUGUUGUCAAAACUAAAUUUUGAUCCAUAUUUUGGAUGGCUUAAUACCAAGGAUAAAGCGUCAUCUUCAACAA